CCAGAACCAGAUAAAGCUGCAGUCCAUGAUAUCAUCAAUAAUAUCAAGUCUCAGGGUGUUUUUGAUCAGUUCAGAAAAGAAUGUUUAGCUGAUGUUGAUACAAAGCCUGCUUACCAAAAUCUACAGUCAAGAGUUGAGAAUUAUGUGAAUAGAUUUUUAUCGAAACAGACAUGGACACCAAAUUUAAACAAGAAUCAGCUCAGAGAAAGUCUUAGGAAACAGAUUAAUCAAUCUGGAAUGUUAACAAAUGGUGUAGAGAGAAUAAUAGAACAAGUUGUCAAUCCUAAGAUAUUUCAGUUUAUUAAACCAAGAAUUGAUGAAGUGGUUUGUCAACAUCUUGGUAUUGAUCCUAAA